AUGAAUUCAAACUUGUUAUUCAGCUCCUUAAAAUUUUGUAAAGCAGCUAUUUCUCGGUUUCAUCUUUCUCUUUACUUACAACAUACCAGGAAAAUAAGGUCACUGCAAAGAUAAUUGCAACUAUUAGAAAUUCGCCUGAAAAUAUUCCAAUUUUAUGCAAAUUGCAAGCCUUAUGAUCUAUCUAUGGAUAUCUAAUUUAUUCAUCAUCUCCCAACUAAUAAUAGCAAAUCAUCUUUUGAAUCUGCCUGCUCACUUGACAUUGUUUUAUUUCAUUCAUCUAAGCAUAAGUGCAUCGAUUGCACUAAUCAUCCACUUCACAUUCAAUUAAAUGGUACUCUUCUAUUGGAUUUGUUAGGGUACUCUUUUAUGAUUAUUUCAACUUAUUACUUAGACUUCUUCAUUAAAACAAUAGCAGAGAUAGAUGACAAAUUAUAAAGUUAAUAUUAACAUCAUCAAAUAUAAAUAAAAACCAAAAAACCAAAGCUUAACUUUCAUACUUCAAUUUUAACUCAAUAACCAUUCUUAUAAGCUUAUAAUUAAAUAAUGAAUCCAUUUCUGAUUAUUUAUUUGAACAAUAUAGAAAUUGAUACUAAAAUUUUCAUUUUAAGAUUAAGAGAAAUCCAUUUUUUAUAUAAUUAAACUGCAAUGUAAAACAGCUACCUCACUUAAUUGGACUAAAUCUAAGAAUAAGCCAUUCAAAUGGCCUAUUAAUAGCCUUAGGAAGGUUAAUGGAACAAGGAACAUGAUAAAAAUGAUUGCAUCAUUUAUUCCAAAUUAAAUCAAGUUGGACUAAAGAUGACAAGAACCGAAUUGAAAUUGAAUGUGGAUCCAAAGAAGGCUAUGGAUCUUAUCUUUGAUAUGACUAAGAGAGCAGAAUUUGAUGAGUAUUUUUUGGAAGCCUAAGUUGUAGAGAAAAUAGACGAAAAUAAUGUUAUUUAUUAUGGAGCUGGCAAAUCCCCCAUAGUCUUGGUUGACCCAAGAGACAUGGUUGCUCUAACUAGAAGAAUCGUUCUUAAGGAUGGUACUCAUAUGGUUGUUUCUAAAUCUGUCUAGUUAGAUUCUGUUCCUAAUAAGAAAAAGUAUACUCGUUGCGAAAUUAUUAUUUCCGCAUUUUUGAUUAAAUAGAUCUCAUAGGACAUUUGCUAAGUUAUUAUCAUUGCGAAUGUUGAUCCCAAAGGCAGCAUUCCAAAGAUGUUAAUCAAUUCUGGAGUAUCUAUGCAAGCAGAUGCUGUUAAAAAGUUGAUGGAAAAAAUGAGAUAGAGAACCUUGAAAGAUUGAAAUUUAUAUGUGUAUUCAUCAUAUUAAUAACAUUUUGUUAA